AUGAACUCCAUUCUCGUUUUUUGUCUUCUCGUCAUCGCAAUUGCAGCGCAAGUUGACAGACACGCCAUAUUUGAAAAAGCAGUGGGACCAUGCAUCGCUGAUCGUUGCCAAUCGAAGCAUGUCUGCUAUUAUGGUCAAUGUGUCCCAGAAGGCAUUGCUCCAGAAAUGCCAAGACUCAAAAAAGAAGAUUCCAUUGGACCAUGCUUGAACUACAUGUGCCCCAAGGACAGUUUCUGCCACGAAAAUAAUUGCUAUCCACUCUAA